AUGCUAUUUGUCGAUUGGAGAUUCUACACAAUCAAGUCGAUACGAAAUAUCGUUUGGUUGCCAUUGCAAAUGAUAACAGGGACAAACAGCAGCAUAAUCAAAUGUAGUGAUCUAUUCUUGGAGAUCAAGCAAACUGCAUCACAUGACUCAAAGACCGAUAGCAUAGGAGUUAACUUUGCCUACAAGGAGGAGGUGGAGAAAUUCUAUGACUGUUACAUCCAAUGUGUAAAGAGUCUUCAAUCAAGACGAUCAUCUCUACCAACUUCCACAUCAAUCACCGAGCAACUCUCCAAUGUAUCUAUAAGCAUUUCAUCUCAAACCGACCCAGAGUUCAUCUCAUCCGAUCACCCAACGUCAACAAAUGACGGCGAAAACAUUGGUUUCAUCUCUGAAUACUUGGACAACAGCAGCAGAAGGUCGAUAGAUCCCAAUAGCUCAACACCUCAGACAUCAUCAUCAUCAUCGUCACCAUCGUUGGCACCUGUGAACAAACCAAAGUCAGCCUCAUUCUCCUUUCCCUCCAGCUCUACCCCACCUACUGUACCCCUACAGGACCUUUUCAAUCCUCCCAAGAUGAUGCUGACCACUACCAAAACGACAACUACAACAAUAACACGCAACAAACAACCAGACCAACAGAGCACUGUAGUGAUCCCAAAGACGGCGUCUGGUAGAAGAUCGAUUCGUGCUCGCUCCUCUUCCUCUGACCAACGACGCACUUUGACCAAGAAGGAAGGUCUUGCCAUCUCAUUGCAGAAUGUCGAAGGUUUGCAAAACAUUGGCGAGGUUCUGGAGGAGGAGACUCUGAACAUUAUAGACCUUGUAAAUGAACAGGUGGUCAACUCAACCUCCACAAGUGUAUUAUUAAAUCAAACAAUCAACAAGAUAUAUGAGCACAUUCAGAUAUUGUUCAUUUUGACAGCCGAGUCAGCAGCAUCCCAUCAUGGAUCCAAACUGAUACAGAAUGUCACUGAGCUCAUUCAAAAGGGUCCACCAUCGAUGGAAAGCAUUGCUCAGUUCAUUGGUCCUAAUUGGUAUAAUCUUGACGAUGUCAAUACCGCUGGCAACGGAUUCACCAGUCUGCUCUACCUCAAGAAGAGUCUCGUCCCAACAAUUGCCCAUCUAUCAAACUCAGUUCGUGUGCUCGGUCUACAGGCCAGUCUGGAAGCGGACUGGAUGUCAAGAAACCGUUCUACUGAUCCGGAGGCAGUUGUGGUGCAGUUGGCCUGUCUAUCGAAGGAGUUGUUGCUGGCGAUUGCGCGACUCCAAAUGGCUACACAGUCAUUUUGCUCGGUGUGCAACACUCUGGUUACCCAGGGCAACAACAAUCGAGAGGAGAUCACCAACAACAACAGGAGUCGGAGUCACAGUACAGCAGAUCUUAUCAACCUUUGGGAGGAGAUGAAGAUACUACAUCAACAAGAGAUGCCUGCUCUCCCAGUGGAUGGAUUGCCAAUGAAGGCAUCACUCAAUCAGUUGGUCGUAAUGUUGACCAACGAGAACAGCUAUGAUUCCAAGUUCCUCAAGACAUUCAUCACAACCUAUCAAUCAUUUGCUCAGCCCAAGGUAUUGUUCACAAAACUGUUGGAAAGAUACGCAGUGCCAGAAUGGUACACCACCAAUGUCUCAAAGAUAUCGAUGAUUAGACAGAGAGUGAUGGUAGUGCUCAAGUAUUGGAUCGUCAAUCAAUCAUCUGAUUUCGACCAGGAUCUCGUCAAUCAGAUAUAUAAUUUCAUUGACAACACUAUUCCCAUCGAUGGAUAUGCCGAGUUGUCAAAGGUUCUCAAAGACAUUCUCAACAAAUUGAUAGAGGACCGUGAGGUGAAACUGGAACUACUAUUCCAGAUGCCACCAAGGAUCCAAUUCACAGAGGAUUGUGUCCUAUCACCAUUGGAGCUUUUCUUGGAGUGGAGUUCAGUUUCGAUUGCUCAGCAGCUAACACUUAUCGACUAUGCCAUCUUCAAGGAUGUUGAGGCCAGGGAACUCCUCAAUCAAAACUUCAACAAACCAAAGAUGAAGUAUCGAUCACCAAACGUCAUGAGAAUGAUCUACAGAUCUACACAGGUAUCAUUCUGGGUGGCAAGACUGAUACUGUUGGAGGGCAAGAAGGAAAAGAGACUCAAGGUCUUUGAAAAGAUUAUCGAUAUUGCAAAGGCACUGUUGAAGAUCAACAACUUCAACACUUUGAUGAGUCUGGUGGCAGGACUGAGUCUUACGCCAAUACAUCGACUAAAGAAGACAAAGAAGAAAUUGUCAUCAUCAGCUACACAGACCUUGGCAGAGUGUGAGCGUGUAUUCUCCUCAAAGAAAUCAUUCAAGACUUACAGAGAUAUCUUGGCCACUGUCUCUUCUCCUUGUAUACCAUAUGUGUAG